GCGCUGAUCCCGCACUACUCUUCCGACUCCAGCUUCUUCAUGUACCCUGGGAAGAUGCGGGACAGCAGCCCGCAGACGGAGGUAUUGGAUCAGCCAUCCAGCAACCUGCAGUGGGCUGGCGAGGCGAAGGGCGGCAAGACCGCACAGGUCAAACUGUCGAAGGACCCUGCCCUGCCCGCGCGCCACCAGAUCCCGACAACGACGACAGACGCUGGCGGGGGUGCCGCAUUUAAUCGCGCGGCGCAAGACCGCAAGCAGCUCGUGGCCAUCUUCGUUGACAAGAGGAUGAAGUGCAACGUCUCGGAGGAGGGCGAUCGGGACAGGGAGACCAGCGUGAACAUGAUGACCAAGAUCGCCAAGAUGUAUUGCAGCGGUGCGGCAGGGGCAGCAUCGCGCAGGGGGGGCGAGAUCAAGCUGGCCGAGAUGUACUCGCAGAGGGACAAGCUCGUGGGGCAGUGGGGCAGCUGGCUCAUCGGCAGCGGGUUCGGCAUCGGAAUCUCGGCCGGCGCCGCGGCUGCGACGGCGGCAGUGAACACAGAGCGCGAGGAGAUGAUACACGUGGAGCAGGAGACCCCAAAGCCAGAGGAGAUCGAGCAGCAUGGGACCCCGAAGCCAGAGGAGCCGCCCAAGGAUGAGUCGCCCAAGGAGCCUGCGUGGGAGAGCUGGAUGCAGGGAGGUCACGGCCAGGGGAGCUAUCACGCGCGAGGUCAGGGGGCAGCCGAAGAAGAACGACUCCAGGCCCCUGACUCCAGGGACCUCGCGCCCCAGGUCACGAAGAAGAAAGGUUCGAUCCCAGACGUGCCAGAAACAGACGACGAGCUCAUGGGCGAUGCUGGCGCGGCGCAGGCGCCGUGCUCGGACGCGAAGGGCGACGACAACAAGAAGGGCGACUCGUCACACUGGGCUGAUGUAUCUGAAAUGGUGCGACCUCCAGCAACUGGCCCUUUGAAGGGGCCCACGGUUCGCCCCUCGUCUUCGCGAGACUACACCGUGGACAGCGCCGAGGGCAUCAUGGAAAAGGCUGGGGUGGGAAAAUCAUGCACGGCCAUGGCAUGCGUGCAAGUUCCGCAGUGGGGGCCAACCUCGGACAUGAAGACCAUCGAGAAGCAGACCGACGAGAUGGCCAAGCAGGCGAAACAGCAGCAAGUCUUGAUGCGCGAGAUGGCAGAGAAGUCGCUCCCAGCGGACGUCGCCAAGAAGAUGCGGGAGCUGGAGGUCGCACUGGAGAACAACAAUAUUGUGUCCCGCAGUGACAUCUACCAGAAGUACCAGCGCCACCUGCAGUCACUGCCUGAAGAGGAAAAGAAAAAGCACAAGGGCACCACGAUCCAGAAGCGCCAGUUCAGGCUGGAGUGGGCGAAACUUAGGCUUACGGAGAUGGAGAAGAAGUACUUCCACUACAAGAGCUACGAGACCGUCAACACGAGAACGGGAAUUUACAUGAGCUUCCCACGCGUCGCACAGGAAGAGGGCGGGCACCAUGCCGAGGCGAACGUGAUUGCCGCGCGCAACUACUGUUCAUCAUGCGCUCUCCUCGGAGGCGACUGGGUCUACUGGGGCCCCAUGUCGCAGCGUCAGAAGUUCCUGUGCAUCGAGAUUUCGCAGCGCCAGGCGACGCGCGAGAAGUGGGAGAUCUCUACGCAGUUCAAUUCAGCUGGCGCAAGCGGGCAGCCAAUUAUCGGGAACGGGCAUGCGCCCACUAUCGGAGACGGACAGACACCAGGAAACGGGCUGCCUGCUAUCGGCAUCGAGACGCCCGCUGAGGAAGGCGCCCCACCCUCGAAGAGGCGCAAGACUGCAGGUGCUCUCACCGAGGCGAAGCAGGAGCCGCCCGAGGAGCCGCGCGAGGAGCCCAAGCAGUCCGAAAAGAAGGCGCUGACCGAGGAGGAGAAGCAGUUCAAGAGAGAUCUCCUCAAGGCCGAGAACUCUGCAAGGGCCCUAGUAUCUAAGUACACGCUCGCCAUGGGGGUCGCGGACACAGCGAAGAACGCGGCGAAGAGCAAGCAAGAGUGGAAGUGGCUAGCCGACAACGAUGCCGAGCAGAAGCGUUACCAGGAAAGGAUCGACGAAGUGAUGAACAGCAAGCCGUCAUUCUUCGAGCGCUUGCUUGCCGAGGACACGAAGGAUGUGAAAAAGGGCAUCUCGAGCGAGAACCUCCUCAACGAGUACAGGAACAUCGCGAAACGGACCUACCAUCGCAACCCUUUGCUAGACAUUCGUAUUCUCGGUACAGGGAUCCACACGUUCUCGUUGGACGAGUUGCAUUGCUUGCACCUAGGCGUAUUCAAGAAUUGGGCAGGUGCAGCCGUGUGGCGCCUGAUAGAUGCCAACGUUUGGGGUGUUGCGGCAACUCUGCAGGACAUGACCACGCUCGAAGGCAUGCUUCACCUAGGCUUCCUCACGUUGCAGAUCAAGCACGGGGGCUUGAUCGCUAUUUCGGUGGGCCUCGCGUUUAACGCGUCUCCAGAGAUCUCCAAGAUGAGGGACACGUCGGAGACCGUGAAGCUUGCGAACGUGCAGGCCCAGGACCGCAAGUCUGGGGGAGCCUCGCGGGUAUGCCCCGUGGAGCACGGUACAGCCUUCCACAUGGCGUGGGCGAGUGCCAAUCGCAUCGGCAAGGAGAUGACUUCGAGCCCCAAGCCCAACACGACCCUCGAUUCGUUCUUCAAGGGAAGGCCGCUCGAGCUGGAGUGCGGGAGAAGUUCG